CAGGUGGGGAUGAGCCGGCGUCUGCAGGUCCUGCCGCAUGAGGGCUAAUGGGAAAUGGGCUCAGGCUCCCCUGCACCCAGACAACCUGCAGCCCAAUGUCCCGCUGCUGCCAGUCUUCCAAUGGCCGGCAACCAGGAGCGCACCUUCAUCGCCAUCAAACCGGAUGGAGUUCAGAGAGGACUUAUCGGAGAAAUCAUUAAACGAUUUGAACUGAAAGGAUUUAAGCUGGUGGGCCUGAAGAUACUGCUUGCCAGUGAGGAUCUUCUGAAGCAGCACUACAGUGAUCUGAAGGACAGGCCAUUCUUCCCCGGCCUCGUCAGUUAUAUGUCCUCUGGCCCUGUUGUUGCCAUGGUGUGGGAGGGGUGUAAUGUGAUAAAAACAGGCCGUGUGAUGCUCGGAGAGACUAACCCUGCUGAUUCUAAACCUGGAACUAUUCGAGGAGAUUACUGCAUCCAGGUUGGCAGGAACAUCAUCCACGGCAGCGACUCUUUAGACAGCGCCAGCACUGAGAUCAGCCUGUGGUUCACCCCCGAGGAGCUCUGUAACUACAGCAAGUGUCACGACACCUGGAUUUAGAUCUUUUCUCUCCAUCUCUACCAGCUUUUCCAGUUCCAAUCUGAUUGCGGACUGUAUGUUUUCUCUGUUUUCUUGAGUCAGUUUUCAUAAAAAAUCAUUUUUCAUGUAAUUUUUAAGACUUUUUAUAGAAGAUUCGACUGAAAUAAGGUACUGGAAGACCAUUAGCACUGUAGAGCAUUUAAAAAAAUGUACAUUAUAUAUGUAACUGAGAGGUUGUCCAUUAUCCAAGUUUACAUCUGCAAAUAAAAAAUGUAUUACAGAACAGAAAAAAAAACAGCUUUUUUAUUAUUAUGAUCAUUAUUAUUAU